AUGCCUCCGAAAGGUCAGUCCAAGUCCUCGGCAAAGGCUCAGAGGGCAAAAGCCAAGAAGGAAAGGCAGCUGCUCGAGGCGCGUAUGAGGGAGUGCCAUGAAAAAUGUGCUGAGGCCCGAGGAUAUCUAGAACCGACGGGUCGUAGCGCGGAGCCGAACUUCACCAAGGCCAAGACGGCACUGGAUGCUGCCAUUGAGGCAUACGACGCAAGCUCGCUUGCGUUCUUCCUGCUCGGGCAGUGGAACCGAAUGCAGGGAAUGUACAAGGAAGCGAUCGAGUGGUACUCUCACGCCCUGGACUUGGAACCAACAAACGUGCAAGCUCUUGAAUGGCGCGCGAACACCUUCCAAACCUUGGACGAUUACCUGCACGCCAUCGAAGACAAUACUAGCAUUAUCUCGCUAGAUCCAGAAAACGAUCAUGCGUACAACAUGCGCGGUCUUUGUGUUCUGCAGAGCAGUGUACCGGGGUUGCGCUUGCGCUCCGUUCAUUUUGAGUCCUGCGUGCGUGACUUUAGCGCCGCGAUCCGCCUCAACGAGGCGAACUACCACGCCAUGGCAAACUUGGGCAAGGCGUACGAGGUUCAAGGCCACUUGGAGAAGGCGAUCGAGUGGUACGGAAAGGCGCUCGACAGUAGUGAAAGCUAUGGCUACGCGAGGCUUCGCCGUGGGUGCACAGCGUUGCGCAUGGCGGAGAGGUCCAUUCUGCGGCGAGAGGAGAGGGAAGGGAGUUCUGACAGGGACGCGCCGGAGGCAUCUGCCGACGCGGCGAAGGCAGUGCAUGGGAGCUCAACUCAACACAUGGCAGAAGCGGCCUCCUCGACUAAUAGUCGAAUCCCUGGGGGCGCGACAACUCUCGAGGAGGUGAAGGCCAAGGUACGCCAGCAAAUUGAGGAGGAGGAGGAAGCGCAGAAGGCAGCGAAGUUGUUGAGGCUGGCUGAUGGGGAUUUCAAUAUGUUGCUAGACCGCAGCCCGGAGGCGAAUAUACUCACGGCGGAUGCGACCGUGCUGCUGAACAUCGGCAUUUGCGCACUUUUGAGCAAGAACAUCAACAGGGCAGAGGAGCAUCUGAAGCUCGCUCAGGAGAUCGUGGCAAAGAGACCGGGCCUCGUCGAGGAGGGGGGAGCGCCGCCGCUCGAAAACAUGGACACCUUCAACAGUGUACUGGCUAUUCGGUUAAAUGAGCUGCAGAACUUGAAAGACAUGGCGAGAUCCGCGGCAUGA